AACAAAGUUCUGAUCAGGUUUACUGCUGUGACGGCGCGAACUAUUAGGUCUUUCAUACACAUUUUAUUUCUUAAAUAUUUUCUCAGACAUAUAUUUUGACCAGGAGUUUUUAAAUUUGAGCCAAAUUCAACGUGCAUUAAAACCGAUUCAAGUUUCAACACUUUAGGACGAUUUCUAACGUACUGGUAACAUGUAAGUAUGCCACACAAUAUUUGUAUUCGUUUCAUGUUAAGGUUUUAGGUUUUUUAUUUUGUCUUUAUAAAUAUGUUAACGUUAUGAAAGGUCAAAAUGGAUUAUUUGGCUUUUUUGAUUAUAAGAAACUUUAAUAAAAUAACCGAAAUUCACAACGCUAACCAUCUAAAGAAUAUCAUGGCUAAUGAAAUUCAAGUAUUCAAAUGUUAGAAGAAUUUUUUUUUUAACAAAACAGGACUGAAUACAAAAAAUAUAAAUGUUCCUAUUCUAUAUUUGAUAGUAUGUAAGUUUUAAGGGCAUAAAACAACCAUAGUUAAACAAAAUUACAUAAAAAGUUAAACUAAAUAACCAACGUGUCAACCCAAAGCAGUAGUUGGCUUAAGAAUUUGUGCAAAAGAGUGAAAACGUUAAAAUUAAAAUAUACUUGCCUAUGUCAGUAUCGUCUUAAAGACCCUGGCGAAUAAGCCGAUUUUAAAUGUCUUUGUACACAAAAAAAAAAAUGAAUAACCUACAUAUUAGUAUCCAGAAUGAUCAAUAAAUUCAUCGUGUGCCCUUAAUAUAUUGAAGAAGAUAAACAAAAAUUAGAAAUGCCUUGAGCGCCAAAUUUCUUACGGCUGGCCAAGACUACACACAUUACUUGUCAACUCUGCUCCCAAAUGUAGUUCUCGUGUUUAUUAUUUGUUAGCUUAGCUUUGAUACCCCGACAAUUACCUUAUAUUAAUCUGAAGCUUUCAGAUAACUUGACGAUACUAAACUAGCCAAAAAAGGCGGCUUUAUUGUUACUUUAAUUGUAAUAUGAGGAAAUGAUUGUUUUAUUUUCCUUUUAAUAUUGAUAAUGUGUUCAAUAAUUAAUGUAUCAGAUACUUUGGGUCCUGACUUACUAAUGUAACAGAAUCAACAGCCUAGCAGAUGAAUGCGUGGAAUACAUUAACGAACCCAAAAACUAAUGUUCUAUUGCGGCCGUUUUUUUUCGAUGAAGCCUCUUACUGAAAUAUGCUUUCUCUAAAGCAACCACGAAUUUAAAAAAAUCUGGUUAAUGUAUAACCAUCUUUCAAUUGUAAUUCAUUAGCAGAUAGUCAGCAAUUUACUUUUUUGGACCGUAAUAUCGACUGACUUGGUGUAUGAAAAGUUUUGAUUUAAAUCUAAAUAGUUUGUGUUUAUUGUUAAAUUACUUUUUUUAUAUUUUAUGACAUUUUCUUCACAUUUGUAACAAAUUGGUUCCGUCGUAGGCUCUCAGUGUGUUACAUUAUAUCUUUAGUCUCAAUCUCUUGCCUCAUCUUUUUCUUGCUAUAUGAUGACGUCAGUUUUUACACAAUGAUAAGAUGGGUACAUAAAAAAAUAACACUGUUUUCCCGUGCUGUAAAGACUUUAUUAUUUGCUAAAUAGGAAAAAAACUUUAUCGUAGACAUUUUAUUUUUCCAUUUCAUUAGCCGUUAAUUUAGAGCAGUACGAUCUUCCGUGGUAUACGUCCGUGAUUGAUUCUAAGUACAUGGUAGAUAAGCAGUGGCAUAGCUACGUUUGGCGCCUUCCGGGGCGGGAAAUGAAUUUAUACCCUCUUCUUUAAAAAAAUAUAUAAAGAGAAUAGUGCGGCCGAAUGCGGAUAUCCACACUAAUCGUAGGCCAAUGCAGAUCGUUACGUACUGUUAUCCGUAUGGAUAAAUUUAUCUUUUAUGUAAGUAUAUAGCUUUGCCAAAACAGUACUGGUAUAUAACAAAAGACAAUACCAUAUGUUAAAUAAAAUAACAAGAAAACGAUAUAUAUAUAAGCAAGGGCUAAUACAAUAAAUCAAAUUUUUUAUGUUAAUAAUGGCUUACAGAAUUAAAAAGAAAAUUAAAUUAAAGCUAUUGACUUACAGUAUGAUUGGAUUGUACCGGUACAAUGCUGAAGAAGAUACAAUGUUGUUAAAGGUACAAUGAUGAAAGGAAUCUAGAUACAUACCACUUCUAGAACGGACUUACACAUUGUGUAUUCUUUUCUCGAUAUUUCUACAUAAUUCUACAUAAUUCUAAUAAUAAUAUAGGCCAUAGAUUUUAGUUAGUUGUAACAAAGAUCAAGUGAGACUAUAUUUAGUGAGCCACAACCGAAAUGUGAUACCGAACUUGAGGUGAGCUAGAGUUCAAUCUCGGGAAAAGAUGACGUACACAAGUCGACUACAUAUCAUGAAUAAAUGUUUGGCAUAGGGAAUUCUAGGGGCUACCCGGUCUAGGUACACAGUUUAAAUGCUUUGGCGGCAGAGAAAGGGUUUUGUUCUUUUUCUUGGUUAAUUUCACAAUUAUGUGUUUCCCCUAUUCCAGUAACCUAAAUUACCGCUGAAUAAUACUAAUAGUGGUGCUAAAUACUGAAAAAAAAGUAUAGUGAAUUACCUAAAACUGAAAACCACAACUGGUUUCGUAAAGCAAAUCCCAUUAUACUGCAUUGGCUGCUGAUUAAUUGGUAUAAGCCAAUUAAAUUAGACCGAUUAAUCGGUAAUCUGCUAAGUUAGUCAUGCUGCAGCUGUAAAAGAUCUUAAGGCACAAAAUAAAUAUUUCUUUUUAAUUUAUUUUCAUAAAAUCAUCUUGCAAUUUCAGAAAAUAUAUAUAUCAUUGCGAGAAAUCUAUACAAACAUUCAAAUAAUUGGAAGGGUCAAUUGCAUCAACAAAACACAACUGCAACCAGGAUUUUAAAAACAUAAACAAUUAAAUUCAUGACAAUUAAAAUAAAUCCUACAAAUGUUUAGAAGAGUGUACGAUAGUUUACGAUUUCUAUAACUAAUGUAUCACUUCAUGAAAUUUGAUAAGAUCCCCACAAAAGUAAUUACAUUUUUAGAUGAAUGAUUUCAUUUACAUAACAUUCUUGAAACUAAUGAAAUUAAAUUCAACAUUCUAGAAAUUUCAAGAUUUAUCUUCGAAAAUCUAGAUUUUAUUUUUAAGCGUAUUAAUUUCACCUGUAUGUAAACAUAUUGAAUAAAUGGCAGAGAUCAAGCAAUUCAAAUUGUUUAAACAAAGGCAGCUUAAAUUCAAAGGGCUGACAUAAUAUAAUUUCAAGCGAUAAAUUCAUUUUUCCGCAAUACAAAUUUUAAUUUUUAUUUUAUUUGUGCUUUUGUCUUUUUUUUCUUUUGGUUAGUCGUGUCAAAAGAGGACAAUUGAAUUAAAUAAAGCAACAACAAAAAUUAAAAAUUAUAUUUUAUGGCGCUAAUAUUAAAUUAGCUGUUACUUAAGCAGAACAUUGUAAUCCCAAAAUACUUUUAGUAAAAAAAAGUAUAUAACUUAAAUUCCCGAAAAUCUGUUAACUUGUCACAUUAAAACAAAUAUUGUCAUGGAGCUUUAAUAAAAAGUUUCGUUGUUGUCAUAAACAAUUCAAUUAUAACAUACUAUUGUAAUUUUUGGACAUCACAUUUUAAUGUCUUCUGAGAUCAUAAAAAUAUCAGGUUAUGUGAAUAAUUGAGGUUUGGGAAAAUCGUCUUUUGAAAACAACAAAGAAACACAGUAAUAUAAAGAAGAAGUUAAAUAAUAAAUUGAAUUUAACAUUUUAUUUUUCCAGUUAACAACUAAUAUUGUUUUCAUAAUGGAGCUUAUUUUACCUUUAGUGUUGUUUUUUAAUUUCUUUACAGUUAUUUAGAUUGCAUAAUUGAAAUCAGAAAAUCAUGAAAUUUUUAUCUCUCUUUGUUUUGGUGCCUCACAUUAUUUACAACUGUGCUCAAUGUAAGUACAAAAACAAUUUUGUUGUAUUGUAUUUUAAUUUGUAGAGUACAUUUGACAUGCGUCUAUUAUAUAUGACACUGAAAAGUAUUUUGCUGGAAAAUAGUUUCCGAGGCAAUGUUACAUUAGCUUAAGGUAACAGCAAAAUGAAUAAUUUAACGGUAUAUCUAUAAAUGACCAUUUGUAUAUUAAAACGUUUAGUAUUUAUGUUAAAAUGGAAUCAUUAAAAACAUUACAUUAUUACAUAUUUGAAAUUAUUUACAAUUUUGUGUGUUUUUAAAUGCAUGGUAUACUGAUGAAAAAGUAAUUGUUUACUUAGAAAAUCGUCUAUUAUAGCUUGUACAAACACAGAUAGAUUCAACAACAAAUGGUUUGGUGCCAACUGCCAGUACAAAUGUCACUGUAAGAACAAUGUAGCUUGUAACGUUACCAAUGGUGACUGUCCUAAUGGAUGUGUUAGUGGAUGGUUUGGUCCAGCGUGUCAGUACGGUAGGUCACUAUUAUAUUGGGCGAAGGUCAUUUAUUUUGUUUAUGAUGUUUUUAAUGUCAUACUAUUUAGUCAACUCAAUGAAUCCAAUGUUAUGUCUAUUUACAUUUCUCUUACUUUAGCAAUAUCACAUGAUCUUCUAUGCAACACACUAGAAUAACAUGACACAUUAGAUUCAUUUUUAUGUAUCUGUUUGUCAGUAUCUCAUAAAGUAUUUUUCAUUUUCAGCUGACAUCGCAAAAAAUGCAACACUAACACUUAACGGUGACUUGACACAAGAAGUUGACAAGAUGACAGACGGGGAUGACGCAACGUGUGCUGCUCUCACAGGAUCUAGUUUAGAACUUAAUGUAAAUUGGAGCUUUAAGUUUUAUUUCACAUGGUUGAGGAUUGUUUCCAAAAAUACUGAUGGUAAGUAUCUAUACUGAAAUAAUAGGGACAUUCAUAAAAUAAUUACAUCAAUGUACUAGUCCUUUUAAUAAAUUAGUUUUUCUUAAUAAUCUGUUUUUAUAAAUACAUAUUUUUUUAAUGCAUUUCUGUAACAUAUAGUUAUUAAGAUUUAUCCUAUAUAUAUAUAUUAUAUACAAGGGAUAUUUUGUUUUUGGCUGGGUUUGUUAGCUCCACAAAGGCUUUACAAGGAUUUAUGGAGCUUACAAACUUUGCACAUAUAUCCAUUAUCAUUCUGAAUAAACCCUUGAAUUUAUGAACUUUAUAUAUCAUUCCGUUUGGGGCCGGAGGCUUUGAAUUGUAAUCUUUUUAUAUGAGCUUAAAUAAAUCAAUGGAUCUUAAACAAAUUUAGCACACAUACACCUGAUUAUCCACAGUCAAAGACCGAGGGGUACUUAAUUAAUAAUAUGCACUCCUUUGGGGCCAAGGGCCCCAUUUCAUUUUCUUAUGUGAGUUAUAUAUAUAUACUAAUACGCUUCAUAGACAACACAAAAAGUAUAUGUCAAUUGAUGGAUAUAGGUCUCAUUUUGUAGCAAUGCACUUAAUAGCUUGUAUCGAAAAACAGAUAUACUUAAAAUGAAUAAUACCCAAUCAAUUUAGGGCUGGUCUAGGAUAUUCCAGUAAGCUCGAUAACUCAAAAUGCUAUAUCUAUGGAAUUUUAAAACCAAAUUUAAUGUGACAACUUUUAAAUUUAACUUUAUUCUUUAUCUGAAUUAUUUUUAUAGGGUCCCCUAUCUCAGGAACAACUAAAUCAGUACAAUUAUAGAAUGGGCCGCCACCGAAGUCCCUCUUUCAAUACCACUGUACUAAAUUUAGUGUAGUGCACAUAGUUAUAUACAUUUUCAAAAUUAAUUACGUAAAAAAAAUAUAAUUCUCCACACGUUUCAAUGAGGAUAUUAAAUGUAACCUAGAAUGAUCGAGAAUGUUCUAUAUUGUUCUAAAUUGAUAUAUAAUGGGAUCUAAAAGUUUCCUAAAAUGUUAAUUUAGUUUUAUUCAUUUCUAUACAAUCAUGGGGAUUUUCUCUUAACAACCUUUUCAUAAUCCUAUCGGGAACAACAUCCCACCAAAAACAUGAUCUCACUGAUGAACAGGAUUCGUCGGGCAAUGGUAAUCCUAUCGGGAAUCAGUAUCACAUCGGAGAAGAGGAUCCAAAUGGGAAACAGGAUUGCACAGAGAAUAGGAUCCUAAUGGAUUGGGAUACUAACUGCAUUGGGAUCCUACCGAGAUUAGGAACCCAUUGAUCAAGAUCCCGCCGGUAUCGGAAUCGCACCUGGAAUUGGUAUCACGUCGAGAUUAAGAUCCCACUGGGAAGUAGAUCACACCGGAAUAUGGGAUCUGGCGGGUUCGGGAACUAGGAUCGGGAUCCCAAAAGCAUCGCCAUCCAAUCGCAAUCAGGUUCCCAACCAGGAUCGGUUGAAAUAGUUUUCAAUUCUUUUAUUUCUGUGUUUUAAGAUUUUCCAAAAUGAAGAUGGAAAUUGUUAAUCUUUUAAUGAAGACACCAAGUAAUCGAACUCCGUUAACGUUACAUAUAUUGAAAAAUGUUUUUAUUUUGUUUAAUUUAUAGAACAUGUGUUGUUGUUUUUUUUGUGGAAACUCAAGGUCCCGACCAUCGGUAGUAUAGGCGUAUAUUAGAGUGCAGAAAAAAAACAUUUCCCAAGACAAAAUGAUGUUAGGAACGUAAAUACCAAUAAAUAGAUAAUUAAUUUUAAAACACAUUUUUCAAUUUCGUGAAAAAUUAUCGUUAUUAUAUUUCAGUUAUACACGUCAAAAUGUAAUUGUUUAAUUUUAUGACUUCGCAAAAGUGGUUACAAGUUUUGCAAAUUGCCUUCCAUUACUAUCCCGGUUAGAUCGGGUCAUAUCUUUCUAGCAUAUAUUAGUUAUAUAUUUUGUUCCGUAUGUUUUAGAAUUACAGAAAGAAAGCAUUUCAAUAAAGUUUCCAGAUAACGUCACAACACAACAUAUGACAUGUGUUAAUGUAAUUAUCGACAAUGUAACACUAGACAUCUAUUGUAACAUAUCUAAAGCUACCAGCAAAAUAUUGCUAAAAGGUUCUGCAGUCGACAACAUGUGUUCACUUUACAUCCCCCAGGGUAAGGCAUUUUUAUUUGUAGUUUACUAAAUAUAAUUCAUAACAUAAAAUUUAAAAAAGUUAGUUUAUUCUAAUACGGUUCAUGUCUCCACGUUCAAUUGUCUUAAACUGAGACGCACGAUGUGGUUUAAAAAAAAUCCAACUUAAAAAAGUUAUUAUAUCUUACGAUUUACGAGGACAUGAAAUCAUUUUAAGUAAGCUAAACAAAGAAAUUGAUACUUCUCCUAUUUAGUUUGGUUUUUAAUUUUGAAAGAUUUUCCGCAAAUGUUUGUAAUAUUUACUUGCAUAGAAAAGAUAUUUUAACUCGAUCAAGCUGUAUUUACGUUUAGUGGCUUUAAAUUGCGAUGUUAGUUACAUUUUCCUCCAAUAGAUGCGUUUCAUUUGACUUUUUUUAAUCAUGGCUAACGAAAUCUAUGUUUCUGAAAAUUAUCCCAAAUAAAGCUACAUUUGGAAACGUGUGCUUUCUUAAUGUUAGACAGGGUAAAAAUAAUUUUGUUUCAAUUUAAAUGAGCAAAGGAAAUUAACAAGCUAUUUGACUUUAUUUUAACAUAAAUAGCGGAACAUUAUAUUCCACAUCUCCUUCUGUUUUUUCGUUAAUAUUACUAUAGUUUACUUGCAAUUAUAUUCUUGAUAUUUCUGUUAUUAUUUUCUUUCUUUCUAUUAUUUUUCUUAAGUGGGUCAUGUUUCUUCCUUCUGUUAUUAUGGGAUAUGUAUGUUCCUGCUAUAUUUUUUUUAUGUCGUAACUGUUGUUAAUACUGUUUCUAAUUUUUUUUAAACAGUGAAUAACGUUUUUUAACCGUUGUUAUUGUUGUUGUUGAAACACUCACAGUCGUUGUUUGUUCUGAGUUUGAUUUCAAUUUAAGGUACUGUCAGUAACAUAACCACCAGAAUUGUAAAAGGUAACACGUAUGUUUUUUUUAAAAACAAAUCAAUUAUUUCUUCAGGACGAAAUGUUGCACUAAAACAGCCCACGGGUCAAACAACACUACAAGACAAUCAUGUAUAUUUUCUCUCAAGUAACGCUGUAGAUGGAAACCUCAACUGGAGUGACAACUCUUGUACACACACUGAUGACUCUUCCGAUCCCGCUCCGAUGUGGACACUGGUUUUCAAUCACAACGUUACAGUACAAGCGUACACUAUCUACAAUAGAGUUGGAGGUAUGCAUAUACUGGAAAUAAGUAUCAUUCUCAAAUAUACAUUUUUUUUUUUUUUUUUUUUUUGGGGGGAGGGGGUAUUUCUAAUUUAAUACCUUAUUGUAUCAAAAAAGAAGAUUAUAACUAAAUGAAUAACUGUUUUGACAAAAAAAAAUACAGUAACAUACUCCUUGUUAUAUUUAACAGUAUUAACUUGUUUAUAUUCUUUUUUUUAAUAGCUGCAAGUGACGCAUAUUGUUGUCUUGCCCGACUGAAAGGAUUUAUUCUGACAACAUUCGACCAAUCAAAUCAAAACAUCCAAAACUACACUGAUACUCUGACGUCACCACAGGAAGUGUACAAUGUUUUACCAACAGAUCCGUGGGCGCAAGUCUCAAACGUUCAAAUAGAAGCAACUUAUUUCGAUGACAAAGACUUCAAAUCUAAAGUCCUUACGUUGUGCGAAGUGGAGAUAUUCGGUGGUAAGUUUCGUAGAUUAGUUUCUAACGACGUCCUUACAUUAAAUAUUAACACUAAUCCCUAUCUCCAGGCUUAUCAUACUUGAACUAAAUCAUUAAAUGUAUUCUGUUUCUGGCAUCCGUACUUCUCAUUUAGAUGAGAGGCAGCUUCUGAUUUAUUUACGCCUCCUUGAAUGGAAGAGAAAAUUUAGCUGUACUUCUCACAGGAGAAAAUUUAUAGAUAAAUAGACAUGCGAUUUUAAAGUCUCAAAACUUCCAAGUACAGAAAAUGUUGUCUUGAGACAAAAACAAUUUUAUUUCAAAUACAAUUGGACUACACAGUUUGUCUAAAGCUGACUGAUGUAACCGUUGAACUAACAUAAGCACUGAUGUGAACAGUAAGCAUCCUAAAAUUUGUCCAAAGCAGUGGUACUCAAUGUGUAAGAAAAGGUAGCACAGACAUAUAAUGCAGCAUCUACGUAAAGUCAGAACAAUUGUGUGGGGUUUUUUUUCCCACGGUCUGCCUCAAUGAAAUAAAGUAAAGGGUUGGAUCAUUUACAAGUAACGUGAUGGUCAUUCACAGUCAAUGGGUAGAACCAGUCCAGGUACCAGUUUAGAGCUUAGGGUAUUCGAACAUUUUGUCUAUAGGCAAGAUCGAAGAAAGUCACUUGCCCCUUAUAAGUGGUAACACUUUCAAUUUUUGUGAUCCUACGUCAUUUGAUGCGAUUUUGUGAAAGCCUCGUCACAAGUUUAAAAUCACUUUGUAAAUAUUUAGUAUGGGUAUUAAUACGCGACCCACAUAACAUGUGUGCAAAACAAAAACUGUCGUUAUUCGCGAACGAGUUUACAUUGAGUACAUUAUGUUAUCGAAACAAUAACAGCUUCCAAAUAAGAAUUAUAUACUUAGAGAAUUGAAAAGGGAUGUACUAAUUACUGAGAAUAAAUGGACAUUAAAUGGCCAUAGGGCAUGAUUGAAAGUUAUUUAUUAGUGCCAAUAUAACUGCUGUAGCACUGGUCAACAGUGGGAGGUGGACAUCCCAGUCCUUUUGAUUGUCCGCUACGAAGGCAGAUAUCAUCUUAAUUAGCACUGAGUUAAAGUGCCUCGGACCUUCAGCCAUUUAGAGACAGUUAUGUAACUGCAGCGAGGGUGUUAGGAAUGUCGGGACGGCAUUGGUUUUGUAAGAGGGGGGUAUUGUGGAGAGUUCGGAUCACGACGGCGACCGGCCGUCUGACAGGUACAGCCGGCACCAGCUGACCAGAGAUCACGAUCGACGGAUCAAGCCAUCUGACCAGGGCAUUUACCUGGGACAUCUGGUUGGUUGGUAACCUAACGCCAAUUGAGAAAAAGGGGCGGGGUAUAAUGCGCCAGUCCAGACCUGGGAGAGGAACUAUGGGACAGGGAGGAGUAAAUAGGGAUCUCUGGACGGGACGAAGGAGAAGGCGGCCGGACUGAGAACUAGAUAGCGGGGAGAAGUCAGAGUUGUGAGAUGAGAGAAAGUUUAAGCAAAGUGACAGCCCAAUAAAGAACACGAGUUUAAAUGUUAUCCAAAAAAUGAAACUAAGUGUCCCGAACACUCUACGCUUCCUGCAGAUUUCGUGGAAGCUCCGGGGUGGCUCCUAUGAAGUUGUCUCUCAGGCAAAUUGUUUGUAGCUUUAAAAUCCACUCUGGUGGAUUAUUGUCAUAAUAGGGUUUCAAUCGGUCGUGGUGAAUUAUUCUUGCCUUCGUCUUUCCCUCACCUCGAAUUUCAAACAACACAUCACUAAAUUUUCGACUGACAACGAAUGAUCCGCACCAUUUAUUUGGGUUCAAUUUUGGGUUUCGACCCACCUGUUUGGUUAAAUCCAAAUAGAGAACUACGUCCCCCACGUUGAAGGUAUGUUGUACCGCCCGAGUGUCAUGGUCUCGUUUCUGACGCUGAGCUGCUGUCUUCAGAUGUCUCCUGGCGGUGUCAUACACAUCGUCUAACCUUUGUUCAAGUUUCAACACGUAUUCCGGUACUGGUUGACCGAGACAUUUGUCAGGUAAUGGAGCCCCCAUUGCCAGGUGAAUGGGUUGAUAGAGCUCUCGACCAAACAUUAAAUAAUUGGGGCUGUAGCCAGUGCUGGGGUGUUGAUGGUUUCUGUACGCACUGGUCAACAGUGGGAGGUGGACAUCCCAGUCCUUUUGAUUGUCCGCUACGAAGGCAGAUAUCAUCUUAAUUAGCACUGAGUUAAAACGUUCGGCCUGUCCGUUACUGGCUGGGUGGAAGGAUGAUGUUCUGGUUUGCUUGAUGUCUAGUAAUUCCAUCACCCGUCUAAACAAUCUACUUUGAUAGUUGGAUCCCUGAUCCGAAUGCAAUUCUAACGGGCAACCAAAAAUGGAGAAGAAUUGGUUAACCAAGGUAACUGCCGUAGUUUCUGCUGAACAGUCUGGAAGUGCGUAUGCCUGGGUAUAUUUAGUGAACGCGUCCACUACCACAAGAAUGUAUCUAUUUCCAGAAUUAGUUACAGGCAAAGGGCCAAUAAAAUCAGUGCACACUCUUUGUAGUGGUGAUCCUGUAAGAAAAGACUGUAACCUGGCUGAACUGUUGGCUUGAGGGCGUUUGAUGUGCUGACAUGUGGCACAGUUGGUGAUGAACGUUUGAACAUCCCUUUUCAUUCUGUACCAACUGUAGUAUGUCCUGACAUUAUCCAAUACCUUAUUUAUGCUGAGAUGGCCAGCAUAAACUGACGAGUGCAUUUUCUUUAACACUGUUCUUACAAGAGAUCUAGGCAACAUAAUUUUCAAUAUUUCAUCCUUCCGACCCGGAUGAAACCAUCGUUUAAAUAAAACUCCAUCCACAACAAUAAGUAAAUCAAGGUUUAACCAAAGGUUCCUAACAGCCGGCGAUUCUCCACUAAUUUCCUCUCUUUUUGGUUUUGUUUUGUCUUUGAUCCUCUUAAAAACAUGACUCAAGUCAUUAUCUUCAUGUUGUAAUUUUCUCAGAUCUUCCUUGGAUAUGUCUAACACUUCACAGAAUUUAUAGUCACUAUUGUCUGCACAUAACACUGCAACCGGCUCUCGGUCAGCAUUCCGAUCAUUUCUGUUUGAUGUCGACUCAGGGCAAGGUAAUUGGAUAGGUUGGCUGGGUACGAGGGGCGUGUUCACAGGGCAGUUUGCUCGACCAGUAUCACUUGUGGUUGCUCCUCCGGGCGGGGGUUUAAGUGGGUUCACGGGAGGAUUCGUUUUACUGCGAGUCGUCACCAUGUUGAUUUUCAUAACAGCUGCUGCUGGCAACUGGUUACUAGUGGUGGAUAAUGGAAUGAUGUCUUCUUCCUGAUAAAAUUGUGACCAUUGUCGGAACCUCCUGGUGCACAAGUUGCAACCGUUACAGGGAAGAUCCUGCAGCAUUUUGUCCUUGUUAUAAAACAGACAACCUUCUGGUUCACUUCUUGAUAAAAAAUCUGCGUUGGUAUGCUUAUUGCCACUCCGGUGUUCGAUGUCAAAAUCAAAUUGUGAUAAAAGUUCUAUCCAUCUUGCUAUUUGGUCUGUGGGGUUACGAAAAGAUAACAACCACCUAAGGGAGCUAUGAUCUGUCCUCACCAUGAACUUUCGACCCAGAAGAAAAUGGCGAAAUUGACUAGCAAAGGUGACGACCGCCAGGAGUUCACGUCGGGUUACACAAUAAAGUCGUUCAGCUCGAUUUAAAGACUUGCUGGCGUGAUAUAUUGGUCUCUCCAUAAGUUGUUGAUCUCGCUCCGACCACUGCAUCUGUGACAGAGUACACCCUAUAGCUGUGGCACUUGCGUCGCAGUCGAUGAUAAAACUACCACCGUCGUGUUGUGGCUGGGCCAUCACUUCAGAUGACACCAAACAUUGCUUUAACUGAGAAAAUGCAACUUCACACUCAUCAUUCCACUCCAAAAUCUUGGUGUUCUUUCCUUCUAACAACCAUUUAAGGGGUGCAGCUAUGGUCGAGUGCCCUUUUAUCCAGCGUCUGUAGUAAGACGCCAUUCCAAGAGAACUCCUCAAAGAAGAUACGUUUUGUGGCCUUGGAAAUGUAUUGAUUGUUUCAACUUUCUCGGGGUCAGUCUUCACUCCUUCUCCUGACACUACAUAACCUAAGAAUUGGACCUCUGAUUUAAAUAAAACACAUUUUUCCGGUUUAAGUUUGAGUCCUGCCUGCCUCAAUCUAUUAAUAGCCUCCUCGAAUCAAUCUAAGCACUGUUGGAAAGUCUCGCCAAAUAUACAUAUGUCAUCAAUGAACACAACUAAAGUUUUAUAAUUUAGGCCCUUAAAAACUGUUUCCAUGCAUCGUUGAAAGGUGGAUGGUGCCCCUGUCAAACCCAUGGGUGUUACGUUGUACUCGUAGUGGCCAUUCAACGUGGAAAAUGCCGUUUUUGCUUUAUCCUGUUCCUCAACUUCUAUCUGAUUAUAAGCUGACUGCAAAUCUAAGGAACAAAAAUAUUUUGCACCAGCCAUCACCUCUAUGAGUUCGUUACAUCGGGGAAGUGGAAAACUAUCCUUCUGUGUCACUUUAUUUAGUUCCCGAUAAUCGCACACAACACGUACCUCAUUGUUUUUCUUUCGAACAAAGUGCAACGGUGCAGACCACGGUGACCUUGACUCUCUGAUAAUGCCGGCCUCCAGCUGAGAGGUGAUGACGUCAUCGACUUCGUCCUCAAACGCCCGCGGAGGUCUCCGUGGGGGAAUUUUAAUAGGUCUUGCAUCCCCGGUCGGUAUCUCAUGUUUUAUAAUAGAGGUCCUUCCCACGUCCAGCGAUGAGGUUGAAAAUAUUUUCCUAUUCCGCUCCAACGAACACCACAAUUUUUCUCUCUCUUCCUCAUUGAGCUCACCGUUUUCUAUUGUUCUUUCAAACAGAUUUCUCACCAACGAAUAAGACUGGUCCUGUUGAAUCACUGAAUUUACACAUUUUGUUAUUACUGGCACCUUGUGUCUAUGUAGGUUUAGCCCCUUUUUAAUUGAAAAUGAAAAGUCAUAGUGACAUAGGAAAUCGAAUCCUAGAUAACCAUCGUCGGUUAUGUCUGCGAUAUGCACCGUCCAUGGAUAAACCUUCUCUCCAAUAAGCAAGUCGAGGUCGCAGACUCCAUGGAGUUUUAUAGACGUACCACUGGCUGACUGUAGAUGUAAUGGGACGAGGUGGCUAUUCAACGUUGGUCUAUGCUGCAUUCUAUUGAAAAUUCUCUCGGACAAAAUUGUCACGGCCGCCCCAGUGUCUAAUAAAAACUGAGUUUCCUCAUUACAAACGUUAAUUGUCACAUACACAGCGCUUAUAGAUCGUUGUCUUUCUGGUUUGCUGUGUUUCCUAGAGGCGGCCCGAAUUAGUUUAAACGACGAGGGUUUCUUCCUUCUGGUCGUUUGUUUGGGCAAUUACGUGAGAUAUGACCGAUUCGAUCACACCCAAAGCAUCUGAGUUCCGCCCUCCGAUUACCUCCCGUUUCACGUGCCGAAUGGGUAACUGCCCCUCGCUGUGAGGCCAUGAAUUCCCUGAGGUCCUCUCUCAGGCCGCUAACCUCUCUGGCCAAAUUGUCGGUAGCCAUUGAUGCUACUUGCUGUGUUGGUAAACAAACGUUGUCCCUCAGAUUUAAGAUUGUAUCCAAGGCAGCUCUCGCCUUGUCCACGGUGGGAGGAACAGCCAUAGUGCCAACUUGUGUCACCAUAGACUGGUCAGGCAGCCCACGUAAGAACUGUUUAAAACCAAUGGCAUCACUUGUAGCCUGGUCUGCCAUUGGGAAGCUUUUUGCAACCAAUUUCUUGAGGUCUGUAGCGUACUUGGCUGUGGUCUCCGAUUUCAAGAACGUGCGUUUUUGUAAAACAUUUUGAAAGAAUGCAGGUGUUCGAUGGUCCUUAAACCAAUUAGCCAGGGCAUCCUUGAGUUUCUCGUAGCUGUUCCUCUCAGCUUCGCUUAAUUCGCUGUACGCGAAUUCCGCAGCUGCAUCCUUCAGUGAAAAGCAGAGAUAGAGGAGUUUAUCGUCAUCACUCCACUUGAAAAUUUUUGCAGAGGUCUCAAACUGAACAAUAAAUGUGUUCCACGCAGAAGCUCCGCUGUAAUUUGGAAGGUUGUUUAAGUGCUGUGAAGACAUUGUACUUGCUGUCAAUUUCCCGCGCCUUGUACUUUUCAUCUAGUCAGGCUAAGAAAAAUGUAUGUCUCCUCGGAGUCGUUGCAAGGUUAAGAUCCCACCGCUGCCACCAUUGUAAGGAAACCUUGCUUACUCUCUGAUAAACUUCAUCUAGAUCUGGUACUCAAUAAGGAAACAACUCCGGCGAUAACAUUUAAACUCGUGUUCUUUAUUGGGCUGUCACUUUGCUUGCACUUUCUCUCAUCUCACAACUCUGACUUCUCCCUGCUAUCUAGUUCUCCGUCCGGCUGCCUUCUCCUUUGUCCCGUCCAGAGAUCCCUAUUUAUUCCUCCCUGUCCCAUAGUUCCUCUCCCAGGUCUGGACUGGCGCAUUAUACCCCGCCCCUUUUUCUCAAUUGGCGCCAGGUUACCAACCAACCAGACGUCCCAGGUAAAUGCCCUGGUCAGAUGGCUUGAUCCGUCAAUCGUGAUCUCUGGUCAGCUGGCGCCGGCUGUACCUGUCAGACGGCCGGUCGCCGUCGUGAUCCAAACUCUCCACAGUAUUGUGAAUAUGUCGUUUUAGUUUUUAAUCAGUUAUGAAAGAAUAAAAAAGGAAUAAUAAUUUAAUAAUACUCAUAAAAAUAUUUUAAAAUAUAUUCAUUAUAAAGGUAUGAUCACAGAAACAAUCAUUUUGAAGUAUAUGUGUUAAUAUUUGCCAGAUAUCAUACCAGAUAUAUGUUGCUUGAUUAAUAACGCAUAAUAUAAAAUAUUCGAAAGUGGUCUUUUAAAAAAAAAUAAUAAUUCAUGCUUUUGCGGGAAAGCAUAUGAACUAAUCAAAAGCCUAUCGUACGUCUUUUAUAGUUUUUUCAAUUAUAACAAUUAUUUUUUUGCCAGGGCUAGUUAAUUUUAUAUGUUUUAAGUAGUAGAAAGAAAUUGUAAUUAGAGUAAUUUUAUGAUGAUAUAAAAUUGGAAUCCAUGGAAAAUAAAUAUAUUUUUAUGAGAAUAUUACCUUUUCACCUCUGGUUUAAUUACAAGAUGAUUUUUAAAAAAAUAAGUUGCCAAUGGCGUGCCUGAGGGAGGGGGGAUUUGUCACAAGCAUGGUGAGCUUAUGACUUAUGGUGGACGAAAUAUUACUUUAAUACACUUAGUACUAUUUGAGCGAUUCCUAACGACUUCUUUUGUGAAAACACAAGGCAAAAUUGUAACGAUAAUUCCUACAAAACGUUGUGUGAUAUUUUUACAGAAAUUGAGAUAUGAACAUGCUAUUUUGACACUGUCAAAAUUUCAGGACUGUUAACGUAGAAAAUUUAAAUUAAGGUUUGUACUUUUGCCGAGGACCACACCCCCUACCUUCCCCCGUGAUAGUAACAAGUAUGCAGAAUCAACAAACCCACCCCUUAGUGCAUAAGUACUAAAUGAAUGUCCAACAUUAUUAUGUAAUCAAAUUUUGAAGAAAAAAAUAAUAUAUCUUGUCACAAAAACAAACCACUCAACGUGCGAUGAAACAAUAAUUAAUGAAACAUUUGAUCGUGUGAACUGAGCAUUAUAGGUCUAAUGAGACGAUUUAGAAUCGAAUGGUGCAAUUGAUUUGUGUCAAAUAUUUGAAUCAUCGAAUGUAUCGACCGCCUCGAAAUUUGGAUGCACUAUUUUACUAAUUUAAUCGACAAUAGUUCGACUAAGGCGGGAGCUAAUAUGUCUGGUAAUAUUGCAUGGACACUUAAAUGAAGUUAACCUUUGGUGUAGCGAGAGGAAGCAAGUAAUUUAAAUAAACUUGAAAAUUUUAAAAGUUAAAACCCUUAUGAUUUACAUGAUCCUCUGUAUACUUCAGUGACAUCACCGCUGUAAAGCCAGGGAGAAAAACAGUCGUAGGCUCUGUAAAUGUGCUUUAGCAAUCACAAAAUGAACCCUAGCAUUGGACAACGUUUGUAUUCAUCACACGAUGUAAGAUUCCAGUUGUGCAGCUAGCGAGUCUGAAUGUGGCAGCUGCCAUGGGCGGCUUCUGGGGUGUUACAUAAUAUAUAUAAAUGUUUUUGUGUUUUAUGUGGAACAAUUUUUGGUUGUCGUACCGGACCCUUUUAGUCAAGGCACGCUUUUGUAACGUCCAGUAAUACUUUUUCUGCUGGUGAGGAUUUCACUGGACAGUUUCUCAAUAGUAUGGUGCAUAUGGCUUCUAGAUGAUGUCCGAAGAAUGUUAUUGCCACUUAUUUCUCCUGAGUUGCACAUAUUUGUUGUCUCUGAACGUGAGUGUCAACUCCUAUCGUCUUCUUGGAUUGAUUACAUUCGUCAGUUCUUUCAUACGUUGAAGCGCCGUACUAUUCUCACUAUCAAUUAACAAACUCAACUCCUUUUCAUAAUAACUAUAACUUUAAUAUCUAAGUAAAUAUAAUAAACAUCACGCCGUACUAUUCUCACUAUCAAUUAACAAACUCAACUCCUUUUCAUAAUAACUAUAACUUUAAUAUCUAAGUAAAUAUAAUAAACAUCCUAUCACUCCAAGGUUCCACUCAAGACUGCCGCACGACCACAACAUACGUCACAACACUGCAUAGACAAUACGUCACGACUCAGCAUAAAAAUACGUCAUAAAUACAAUGGCGGGAAGAGCGUUCACUAACUAUAAUAGUCAAGCGCGGGAAAAGCGUUCAACAACUAAUGAACAUAAUAUUGAGUCGCAACAAUUCCUAAUGAACGCUCAUACUCGACAGUGAGCUUGUCCAUGCAAUGCGAGUUGAAUCAGGUUGAAAAGUCGUUUGGGCUCAUCCCCAUGGGAAAAACUAUAAAUAUAAAGUUUUAUUCGGUGUUAAGGACCCUGAAUGCUGUUUGUAUAGUGUCCCUUUUGAGCUGUUAUGUUUAACAUGGGUGGAAAGAAGUGGUGUAGACCAAGAUUGGUAACAUCUGGAAACUGCUGAUUUUAUCAGUCAGUUACUAAUGGCGUAAGUGUAGACUAUUUCUUCGUUUUAAGGUGAAACUGGCAGAAGAUUUAAUCGGCUCCUUAAAUGGGUUCACACUUGGUUAAUAUCGUCACCUGUAACAGAAAAUGUUAAUAUAUGGAGGAGAAAAGAUCGUUAUUGCGAUUUUUCCAAAUCAUAAUUUUUUUAACUUUUUUUUUUUUUAAAUAGAGUUAAAAUAUAUUUGACACUUUUAGGAAAAUAAAGAUAUAAAAGUUAUUUUAUUUUCAGAUUCAGUGUGUCGAAAAGACAAUUUCACAUAUGGUCGUGACUGUGAAAACGUCUGUAACUGUGCCGUUCCAGGAGAAAAGUGUUUUGUUGGUACAGGAAACUGUCCAUCUGGAUGUAAGGCUGGAUUUUAUGGACAAGGAUGCACAAAACGUAGGUCAUUUUCAAUCCGUAUAUUAUUGUAUAUUUAAAUGUCUAAAAAUACCAUAGAAGAUGAUUUGUAAAUGUCAUCAUACAAAAUGCACAGUCUAAGGUGGCCACAAAAAAAAAUGUACUGGUCUGAGAAAUCAAAACCUGAAAUUUAAAGUACCGGAUGCUUCUGGUCGACCUAAUAGUAUGACAGGCUACUUUUUUCUUUUCAAUUAUUAGAAUAUUUGAUUGAGAGAUUAAAUGAUUGUUUUAUUGAAGGUAAUAUGGCUGAAUUUGCCAAAAUAUCCAGAACAUCACAACCUACAACCCGGGAUGAAAAUCGCUUUAAAAACAUCAUCAUUCAAAACUUUUUUUUUUACAAAUAGAAUCUUCUACCUAUAGAACGUUGUGAACAAUUCAAUAGAUUAUGUCUAAAAAGUCAAAGUAACACAUUUUUACAAAGGCGGGCUCUAGGAUUAAUCAACAUAACGUGUGCAGUACAAUGUUUGCCAUUCAAUGUUUUCCAUAUUAUAUACACGUUUUAAGUCCUUAGGUCAUAAACUGAAUAAUGAAUAAUUAAAAUGUAUUGCUUGUAAGUCUGUGAAAAUUUUAAUCAAAAUCAUUAUUUUUCUUUAGCUUGUGCCGCUGGAUUCUUUGGUAUCGAUUGUAGAAAUAAAUGCAGUAAUAAUUGCUCCAGCCAACAAUGUGAAAGAGUAGCUGGCAAAUGUAACAGUUGUUCUUUAGAAGGAAAAAAGCUGCCAUAUUGUACACAAGGUGAGGAUACAUUCAUUUGCAUUUUCCUUUUUUUAAAAAUACGAUUUUUAACCUCUUAGCAAAAAAUAUUUUUAAAAAUUGUCUGUCUGUAAACAUAAAAAAAUAUUUUAAAAUAGUCUAUAUAUUUCAUUGUAUACCAUUUACCUUACAGCUCUAAGCGCUUUACAAUUAUUAAAAAUCUGUAAUUAAGUUAUAAAAACCAUUUGUUUGGUCGGGUAGCUUUGAAUGGCAAAUACUAAUUAUUUAAUCUCUGUUUAAAAAAAAAAAAAAAAAUAUAUAAUUUUCAUGUUUCAAUGUAUUAUAUGAAUUAAAUAUAUAUAUAUAUACACACACAUAUAUAGAUGAAAUAAAUAUUUAAAGAAAUGGUCUUUAAAUUUCAGAUUGUGAUCCAGGUUUCUAUGGAGCUGACUGCAAGUUAAACUGUUCAAAAAAUUGUUCUCAAACCGGUAAUAUUUGUGACGUCAUUAAUGGAAGCUGUUUGGGUUGUAAUCCUGGUUUCUAUGGUGAUAACUGUACGACAUCGUGUCCACACAAUUGUAAAGAUUCAGUCUGUCAUAUCAACUCUGGUAACUGUAUAAGCUGUAAGGCUGGAUUCAAAGGUACCCAUUGUGUUGAAGGUAAGUGAACAUAUUAUCAUUUUAAAAGAGCUGAAACUUUUUAACAACAUUUUUUUUGAUAAUUGUCCCGCCAGAGGCAUCAAUUAAUUUUUACUUCUAAUAAAUGAACAAACAAAGAUUUCAUUAAAAUAUUUGCUUUUUUUAUUUAUUUAUAUUUUUAAUUAGUCCUUUAUUUUUUAACAUAACAUUACAUACCAAAUUUUCUAAAUUUUUAAAAUAUUUUUUUUUAGAUUUUAAGUUCAAAAUUUGGGAUAGUUCUGGUAAAAAUCGUUUUUGGUACAAUAUUCGCUAUUAUAUUUUUCAGUCUUUGGAAUUUUUAAGAGACAAAUUAAAUCUUGUAUACGCUGUUUAAUAUAUUGAAAAUAAAAAAAAAAUGUAAAAAAAUAUAUUCGUUUUUGCAACAAAAAAAAAUGAUCAUAUUAUUGUAUCUGUUGAUGUUAAUUUUAUUGACGGUCUCACAAUCUAGAAUGUAGUAACUACACGUAUGGAGAAGGUUGUAAAAUCAUUUGUAGUCACAAUUGUAACUCAAAUUUUACUGGCCCUCGAGUCUGUGACAGUGUCAAUGGGCAAUGUCUGAAUGGAUGCAGAAGUGGAUAUGACGGACUUGACUGUUCAAAAUGUAAGUUAAUGAAUUAUUACUUCCUGACUGAUUAGUUUUGUUUGUAUUUACUUUAAAAUUUGUUUUUGAAUUAACAAAGUAAUCUUAUAAAUGAGUUAUUUUAUGUUCUGGGAAUAGCCCUCAAUUCUUUUUCUUUAAAAAAAAAAAUAAUAAUCAAAUAAAAUUAUCAGUGAAAUGAGGAUGCGUUAAAUACUAACUCAUGUUCACCGUUUUAUGUAAUAAGUAUUUGUGGAUUGUUUUAUGUGGCUUUCAUGGUUUGACUUUCUUCAACCCAUACAAAGAGAAUUUAAAAUUCAAACACAGAUGUGUCUCCUUGUACAAGUUCGUCAAAAUACAACACAAAUCGUAUGCUUAUGUGUCAAAAUGACACUUUUUGUAAUGGUUACCAAAGACGUAGAUUUAAUAAUGUGCUUCUUUCUAAUUUAAUGGCCAGUUUAUGGACCAAGGUAAGUGUGAAGAAAGACUAAAAAUAAAUAUUGAAAACCAGAUUUAUGAAUAAAUGUUUUAAUAUAUGAAACACCAGCAUCAACUUGAUGUCAACUCAAUGAUAUUUUCUUUUUUAGAAUAUCGACCAAUGACAACAUUAGCUAAGUCCUUGUCAUUAGCAAAAUAAUUAAUUUUCACCCUAAUGGAUUUAGAGACAAAGCGGGUGCUAGGGCCAUUUUAAAAUCAGCUUUUGCUUGUGCAAGCUGUUAUUACAAAAAUGAGAAAACAAGCUCAGCUUCACAUCCUCUAAAUUUUAUUGAUUAAGUUUAAAUUCAUUUUUCUUGUUACUUGACAUUUCAAAUGAUUUUAAUUAUAUUUAUUUCAUUUUGUAAUUCGUUAGUAAUUUAAUAAAACUUAUUAAUUGCAGUUAGCAGUGUUUUGAGUGUCGUAUUCUCUGUUAUUGUUUUUUAUCAUUUGGUAUCGUCGUAUUAUGCACUGUAUUCGAACGAGCGAUACGUGUAAAAAGGAGAUUAAUUACUCCCUUCGGAUAGCAGUGCAUAACAAUCGGCUUAUCAUAACUAAACAUACAUGAUUGAUCUAUAGUAUGUUGUAAACUAAAUAGGUUAACAAAAAUAUUCUUGACUGAUUAUGUUAACAAAUGUUAAGAGUAAAUAUAUAUAUAUAUAUAUUUAUAUAUCUCAUUGUAAAUUUUUAGUUAUUUCCCAUGUAAUGUAAUAGUCCGCUCUGUGCCUUCGGUAAAAUUGCAACAACGAGCAUUUCUAACAUGCCGGCAAAUGAUGAAAUAUAAUUAUUUUCUCUAAUUGUCCAAGCAGAUUAAACAUUUUCCCGUCAUUUAAUUUUCACAUGAUUGUGUUGCUGACCACACACAAAACUUACAAACAGUCGUAUCUUGUCACAUACAGACUGGGUGACCGUUGGUAAACGCUGAUCCUGAUCACUUUUUGAUCCAGUACAAUUUUAUUUGUCUACACGUAUAUCAUGCAUUACUAAACUUUUGUUUUCUUUCGAAUAAUGAGCCAUAUUGCUAAUUAAAGGUAAUCAAUGUGAGUUUAAUCUUUCUCUCUACAAGCUUCAAGCUUGACGGACCAAGAAGGAGGUAGUAUUUUUAAAAAAAAUAUUUUAAGCAACAUUUACGUUAAUAUUUUUAAUUUUAUUAGCAUCAAUCAAUUUGUAGCCAUGCGCCAAUUAGAUGAUUAGUCGGUGACUGAAUGCUUUUACCAUUUACAAAUAAAGAUACGGGGUCUAAGAAGUAUAGAUUUAUUCCUUCUUAGAUUAACAAAUAAUUUAAGAAAUAGUGUUGUUUUACACGUUUCUCUAAAUUCAAAACGGAGAGUAUAUAUGGCCUCCCUGAGUCAUAUUGGAGGCUAUUGACUCAUUGUCAGAAACAAUAGAAGAGUACGGUACAACUUCUGGUCAUUUGAUGGUCAGUCGCAGUGUUUCAGUGAAACAAGGCUGAAUAGUUUGCAGGUCACAGCGUUGGGCCACUUUUAACUUUCAGGGGUUGUGUGUAUCCGAAAAAUGAUUUUUAAGUUUUUAAAAUGCAUAUGGCAUUAAAUAGAUCUUCAAACUACGGUAGUUUUGUCUUAACAAUGUAAGGUAUUUUGUCUCCUUGAUUAGUCUAUUUAACCGGUAUUGGAUGAGAACAGAUGAAUUUCCACACCUACAGUUAAAAAAUGGAAUUCCCCACAUGGUGCUCAGCUCUCAACUGUGCUUUAUCAUGCGCAGCGGCAACACCACGGACAAUGAUUUGACUUGCCGACAAAACGAAGUUGAUGGUAGCCUUUGGGCAUAAAAUAUAUCGGUAAAAAUGCUAUUACCCCAUAUCAUGUAAAGUGGAUACCCGGUGAAUAGAUCGGAGGAAUAACUCUUUGUUCAACGGGGAAAAAGCGGAUACUUUAACGCUAUGUGGAUCACUCUAUGCGCGUCUAGACACGUAUAACGUCACGGUCAUUUACUGCACCGAUCUCGUUCCCAACAGUUUGAUGUUGUGUUGAUGCUUGUUUUAAAUGGUAGAGGGCGACAAAGGCACCAAAAAACUUUUCAGCUUAAUGUUUUCCUAUAUGCUGACUAAGGCCUUUAGAGAGGGGAUGUUGGCAUGGUAUUCAGAUACCUAGCUGAUUGAAUGUUCUUUAAUCUUAAGAGGCUACCUGCCUCAUCUGAGGUCCCGACAGAAAUUUUCAAGAAUGUUCCCUAUGCCCAUUAUUGUGCGCAAAAAGCUGGAACAGAAGCUGAUAUCCGACGCAGAAUUGCUAAUGUCUCCAAUGAAUGACACAUUUCAGUCACACACAGAUGAUUGAGAUCAUUUGCCAACCAGCUCCUCGAGAUUCUUACGUUGAGCUUAAAUUCAAUGCAUGGUGUUAUUCCUAGAGUGGCAUGUGACAGGCAGGUCUCCUCAGCAACAUUACAAAUUUAAUCCAGCCCCAGCUUCGCUGAGUGGAAUAUUUUGUGAGCAUUUCAGGCGAAUCCUGGACCAAAGGAAUAAUUUAUGGUGAGCUCAAGCGGUUUGUUGGUGGUCAGAAGAAACCCUCUAAAUCAACCCUAAAGCCUCACUGAAAGCGUUCGAUAUGGACAAGGACUCAUUAGAACAAGCGGCGUUCCUCUGCGCAACCUAUCGAGCUGAAACUCGGCACAUAAUCGCGUUGCCAAUGAUAAUACAUCCUUUCAAAUUUUCAACGCAACACCUUAACUAUAACCAUUGAAAAAUCAGUUUAUCCUGGUUUUCAAGGGGAAGAUGAGGGAUGACACCGAUUUCACGAAAUAAAAUACCAGAUCUUUUUUUAAAAAAUCGUAACUCGAUGGGUCCUUACAAUAUUAAUUUAAGUCAGGGACGUUAAAAAAUAUGCGGGUGGAAAGGGAAACCUAAUUGGGAUUCUUAUGAUGUGUGUUACUUUAAUGCAUGUUUUGUAAGAUUUUCAGCUCACCCCCCAUUUCUCAAAAUUAAAAAUGUAUAAAGUAUUUACACCAUUAAAAAUUUUUUUUAAAAGGACUAACCUGCGGUGAAUUAAAUUUCUACCUUAUCAUUUCAAUGAAGUCUAGUCCAUAAGGAGUAUGUUAAAAACAAUAAAGAUUCAAGAGGUCAGUGACAAGAAAAUAUUGAGGACCGCUAAUCUUUAUUCUGUUGGCGUAUUUGUAUUCUACUUCUUCAGUUUAUCUGUCAGUCUUUAUUAAAUAAAUAUUUGUAUUCAGCACUACAUAAAAUCAUUUAGAUUUCUUCUGUACUUAAGUUUUUUCUUUGUAGAACAUGAUAUUUGACAUUUAUCUAGCAUCUUUAUCCAUUUCUCUGUUAAUACAUGUUUUAUUUGUAUUUUAAAAACCAACAAUGAAAACAGACUGUGAGGAAGAACUGGCCCAUGGAAUCGGUAUUGGAAUCGGAGUUAUGAUAGCUGUUGAUAUCGUAGUUGGUAUCGCUUUCUACAUCUGGUUCAAAAGACGCCAAAAACCUCCACCACACCAAAACGAUACAAAGGAUCGCACUUAUGAUCGUGUAGAUCCCAUACAACAAAAUGAACAUCCGUAUUAUACAGUAGAUAAGUCUGGUAAGCUGAACUUUCAUAUUUAAGAAAAAGAAUAUUAAUGAAAUAGAGUGUUUAGAAUUUUAAUAAUAAGCUGCAAGAAAUGUAUAGGUAUAUAUCCUUGAUUGGCAUUAUCUAUCUGAAUGAAUGUCACUUUAGAUUUAAACAUCAAUAACUUUCAUUUCAUUUUAUUUCAGGAGAUGGCUAUGACUUAGUUAAAGAUGUCGUUACCUAUGACAAGAACAAAAACUCAGUAUCCACUGAAGCGGACAAAUAAUUUUGUGAACAUAUUUUCAUUACAGUGGUGAUUCCUGUAUGUGGUGUUCUUGGAACAGAUCAGUUUACUUUAUACACAGUGUAGAAGCAAGUUGUAUGAGCAUUUUGAUGGGGAAAACUAAGCUUUAAAAUGCAAAUAUGCGAUAAUGUUUUUUUUUUUACAUUAAAAAUGGUCUAAUCUCAUUUUCACAUGUGCUUUACAUGUAUUUC